CAAUCUGAGAACGAUGGCAGCCUGGGAGCCUCUCACUGUGUCCGUGGAAGUGGAUGUGGAGGUGGUACCAUGCACCAAAAUCUCCAUGGACUUAUUUGACCCCAUCUACACUUGUGGCAUCGUGAACAGCGCAGGCCGCAUCGCCACAUGCUUCCACGAAGUCCACCCCGACUACGACGAACUCCGAAAGAUGCUGCAAGAGGAGGACUCCCAGCACUACCAUGUAGUCGGGAGCGCCGAGCGAGGGGAGUUUCUCUUUCGCCUCUUCAAGCAUCUCUGCCUCGGAGGAGAGCUGAAUCAGUACGAGGACACCAUUGAGCCUUACAUCAGCACCACCAAGAAAAUGUACAAAGACCUCAUCAGCGUUCAAAAGCAUCCAGAAACCAGCCGGAUCAGCGUGGUCUCCACGGUGCUCAAAGUCUACGCCUUUGAUGAACUGGGCCGGUGUUACCCAGGGAGACGGGAGGAGGAGCAGACCUUUGCUUACAUGGUCGUGGACCCCUUCAAGCGCCACGUGACUCUACUCUGCCACUCUUUUGGGAUCGGAAACAUGUCCCUUUGAUCUCCU